UGUCUGUCUGUGCCCGUGACCUUCACCUCCAUAUCCCCCUUUCUCUCUCCUCACUUUCUCUCUCUACAUUCCUCCACUAUAAAUACUCCCGCCAUGCCCAAUCCUCUCCCCAGAACAACUCCAUUUCCGUUUCCGUUUCAAUUCGCCACCGCCAAAUCCACUUUCCUCUUCCUCUCCAUGGCCGCCCUUUCCUUCCUCUCCUUCCUCUCCCUCUUCUUCUUCCUCUCCCUCUCCUCCGCCGUCCACCACCACCACCACCACCACUCAUUCCAUUUCACCAACUCUCCAUCCUCCGAGGAAACCCUCCGUGCCUGCAAGGCCACACGUUUCCCCGACCAAUGCGGAUCUUCCCUUUCUCAUUCCCCUUCUCUUCCUCCCAAUCCCACCACUCUCCAGAUCAUUCAAUCCGCCAUCGCCGUCUCCUCUGAUGGUCUAGCCUCCGCGAAGUCCAUGGUCAAGCAGAUUCUCGAUUCCUCUACCGAUAGUCCGAAUCGAACCACCGCUGCUAAGAAUUGCCUCGAGGUUCUGCGAUUUUCCGAGUAUCGAAUUUCUCUUACCAACGAUGCUGUUCGGCGAGGUCGAACCAAGGACGCGCGCGCUUGGAUGAGCGCGUCUCUUCUCUAUCAUUACGAUUGCUGGUCCGCGCUUAAGUACGCCAACGAUACCCAAUCUGUUAACAAAACCAUGGCGUUUCUUGACUCUCUCAUUGGCCUUACCAGUAACGCCCUUAGUAUGUUGGCGGCUUACGACAUUUCUGGUAACGAUACGGCGGCGUGGACGCUGCCGAGGACUGAGCGCGAUGGAUUCUGGGAAGGUAGUAGCGGCGGAUCUGGGUUAGGGUUUAGCGGCGGGUUCCCAUCGAAGGUAGAUGCUAGCGCGACGGUGUGCAAAGACGGUGCAGGGGGAUGUUAUAAAACUGUUCAGGAAGCUGUGAAUGCGGCGCCGGAUAAUGCGAUGGGGAAGCGAUUUGUGAUUCAUAUUAAGGAAGGUGUUUAUGAUGAAAUCGUGAGGGUUCCGUUGGAGAAGAAGAAUGUGGUGUUCUUGGGAGAUGGGAUGGGGAAAACGGUGAUCACGGGGUCUUUGAAUGUCGGCCAGCCUGGGAUUUCCACUUACAACACUGCCACCGUCGGAGUUGUUGGUGAUGGAUUCAUGGCCAGUGGUCUGACCAUUCAAAACACAGCAGGCCCUGAUGCCCAUCAGGCUGUGGCGUUUAGAUCAGACAGUGAUCUCUCAGUGAUUCAAGACUGUGAGUUUCUAGGCAACCAAGACACUCUCUAUGCUCAUUCCCUCCGCCAAUUCUACAAAUCCUGCAAGAUUCAAGGCAACGUAGAUUUCAUCUUUGGAAACUCAGCUUCCGUCUUCCAGGACUGCGAGAUCCUUGUCCGUCCUCGACAGCUCAAGCCCGAGAAAGGCGAGAACAACGCCGUCACUGCUCACGGCAGGACAGACCCAGCUCAAACAACUGGUUUUGUGUUCCAGAAUUGUCUCAUAAAUGGUACUCAGGAGUACAUGGCAUUGUACUACAGCAAGCCUAAAGUGCACAAGAACUUCUUGGGGAGGCCAUGGAAGGAAUACUCGAGGACGGUUUUCAUACAUUGUAAUCUCGAGGCUCUUGUUUCUCCGGCAGGGUGGAUGCCGUGGACUGGGGACUUUGCUUUGAAAACUCUUUACUAUGGGGAGUUUGAGAACUCCGGGACGGGGUCCAAAACCUCGGAACGAGUCGAGUGGAGUAGUAAGAUACCAGCACAGCAUGUUUAUAGUUACUCUAUUCAAAAUUUCAUUCAGGGAGACGAAUGGAUUCCUUCAUCGCAGUCUUCUGAAGAAUCAAAAACGAUAAAUUAGAUUUACAGUUCCCUUUGUAAUCACAGACUUCUCUAUAAAGUGAAAAUAAUCCACCACUUAUCUCAUAUGAAUAUCAAAUUAGGAUGAACGAC